AAAUUUCUUUCGUCCUUCCUACCAAGUACAUACAGAGCUUAUCUUCCAAAAUCCCAAAAUCCUUCUGGUUCUGCAGAGAGAAAAAAAAUGACCAAAAUUGAUCCACAAAAUUUGCAGUUCCUUUCAUUAUUCAUCGUCCUCUUCUUUCCACGGCUUUUCCAAAUAUCAAACGGGGACGUAGGAACUGCUGCUCACUACCCUCCUCCUUAUCUACCAACGGACUGUUAUGGAAGCGACUCUUCUCAGUUUCCGUCGAGUAAUUUGUUUGCGGCUGCUGGAGAUGGAAUUUGGGACAAUGGAGCGUCGUGUGGGAGGCAGUACUUGGUGAGAUGCAUUAGCGCGGCUCAAACGGGGACGUGUAUUCCGGACAAGACGAUUCAAAUCAGAAUUGUGGACUAUGCUGCCGGCGUUGCUACCAAGCCGUCGGCGGCCGGCACCACCAUGGUGUUGUCUCAGACGGCUUUUGCUGCUAUUGCCAAGUCAACUGCUUCUUCCAUCAAUAUUGAGUUUCAACAGGUGUGAUUGGUUUGAUUUGUGUAUCAUAUAUUCAUGAGCAGAAGUGCCGGAGGCAACCCAUGGCCAUGGCGGUUAAAAUGUGCAUUUUUGUGGAUUUGAGAUGUGAUUACAGAUUCUAGAAACGCUGUUUGGUUGGUGCUUGCACGUUUAUUUAUCUACGUACAGAUAGAGAUUAAUUGUCAUCUAUCUAAGCAGAAUAUGUCAUUUUCAUAUUUUAGUGUAUACAAAUAGAUGUAGUUGUUUGAUAUACUUUUCACUAGCCUCAUCAUGAACUUUCCUGGUUA